AUGAAGGCGAAUGAGAAGACGAUGAUCGUCCACCCGGACGUCGUGCUCGUGCCGUACAUGAAAGAGCACGUCGAGGUGCUCCUCCUCGUUUAUGUCCUCUCCGCGUUGAGAUUCACCGGCCCACAGAAGUACCACGAAUGGAUGUCCGACCCCGAGCUCCGUGAGCUGACCGCGAGCGAGCCCCUCACGCUCGAGGAAGAGUACGAGAUGCAGAGGAAGUGGCGGGACGACGACGACAAGCUAACGUUCAUCGUCCUCGCCGGCGCCGGCGCGACCGCAACGCAGCCGGGGCCAGGACUCGCGACGACGCAGCCGAUGGUCGGCGACGUGAACCUCUUCCUCAAAGGCUCCCCUGCAGACGACGACUUCGAGGCCGAGGUCGAGAUCAUGAUCGCAGAGCCGGCGCACCGCAGAAAAGGCCUGGCGCACGCCGCGCUGCAGCUCCUGCUCGCGUACGCGACGACGGCGCUGCCCGUGCCCGUGCCCCGCGCCGCGCUCGUCGCGCGUGUGGCGGAGACGAACGCGCCGAGCAUCGGCCUCCUCGAGAAGCUCGGCUUCGCGGUCGUGAGGCGCGUCGAGGUGUUUGGGGAGGUCGAGAUGCGCUACCGCGGGCCGGCGACGGGCGGGUGGGUGGCGGGGGAGGUCGUGGCGCUGCCGUAG